AUGCCCGGAUCUGCUCCCAGCUGCAUACACCUGCUCGCUGCUGCCACUACCCUGCCAGUCGUCGCGCAGCAUGUACCGCUCGUCCCACCUCGCCCGCCGCCUCGCGUCGCGGCCCGCCCCCGCCGCUGCACCCGCUCCCUCUCCCAGCUCAACUCCGUCACAGAGGCCGACCUCGCGCACUUCUCCCAGAUCCUGCCCCCGACCGCCAUCCUCUCUACGCUCUCCUCCACCCCCGCCGCCGACCUCGAGCCAUUCAACAAUGACUGGAUGAAUAAGUACCACGGCCGCUCCACCACCGUCCUCCGCCCGCAUACGACCCAGCAAGUUAGCGCAAUCGUCAAGCACUGCAACGAGCGCCGCAUAGGCAUCGUACCCCAGGGCGGGAACACGGGCCUCGUCGGCGGCGGCGUGCCCGUCAAGGACGAGCUCGUGCUUAGCUUGGGAAACAUGAGCAGCGUAAGGGGUUUCGAUGAUGCGUCGGGUAUCCUGGUGGCGGACGCGGGGUGUAUCCUACAGUCAUUAUCUGAUUUUCUCCUUCCUCACGACCACAUCGUGCCGCUUGACCUUGGGGCAAAGGGCAGCUGCCAGAUCGGUGGUAACGUCUCGACAAACGCAGGCGGUCUCCGCCUACUGCGAUACGGUUCGCUGCAUGGGUCCGUCCUCGGGCUCGAGGUAGUCCUUCCGGACGGCACGAUCCUCGACCAGCUGACCAGCCUGCGGAAAGACAACACCGGCUACGACCUGAAACAGCUCUUCAUCGGCGCAGAAGGCACCCUCGGCGUCGUCACCGGUGUCUCCAUCCUCACCGCGGCUGCGCCGCAAGCGUCGAACAACAUGAUGCUCGCGCUUCCGGCCUUUAGCAACGUCCUGCCGCUGUACAAGGAGGUGAAGCGGCAGUUGGCGGAGAUCCUAUCGGCGUUCGAGUUCAUUGACCGGAGGGCCUACGACUUGGCCGUGAAGCACGGACAGGGGAGGGCGCUGGACGAGGCAGACGUGGAGGGCGCGGACUGCUUCGUGCUCGUAGAGACGAGCGGGAGCAACCGAGAGCACGACGAGCAGGACACCGCCGCGCAGAAACUCAACAAGCUUCUCGAAGACCUGAUGGAGCAGGAACCCUCACUCAUCAACACAGGAGUGCUCGCGACGUCCCCCGCGCAAUUCUCUUCGCUCUGGGCAAUCCGCGAGGGCUUGACCGAGGCUGUGGGCAAGGAGGGCAAGGCGUACAAGUACGACAUCUCGGUGCCGCAGGUUAAGUUCAAGGAGGUUCUUGACAUCACGAGGGAUCAUUUGGCGUCGAAGGGCUUGAUGCAUGACGAGGCGGUGAAGCACGUCGUUGGGUACGGUCAUGUGGGCGAUGGUAACCUGCACCUGAACGUCGUUGCGAACGCGUAUACGCCGGAGAUCGAGGCUGCGCUUGAGCCCUUCGUGUAUGAGCUCGUCGCCAAGUACCAAGGUUCGAUAUCGGCGGAGCACGGCAUCGGUGUGAUGAAGACGCACGCGCUGCCAUACUCGAAGAACGCGGUGAGCAUCGAGUGGAUGAAGAGGGUCAAAAACCUGUUCGACCCGAAUGGGAUCAUGAACCCCGGGAAGGUGCUGGAGUUGUAGGGUGUUCUGGUCUUCACGGUUGUAGCGGUAUCGGUCGCAUGUACUGUUAGUCUUUUGGCAUGUACAUAUUUUUGCAUAGCUGUUGUGUAUGCAUACUGCUUUUGCACGGUA